AUGGAGGUGACCAACCCGGAAACACCUCAAAGAAUUCCUCCCAGCAACAGCUCUCUUCGUGCGGCAUUCGGUCUGCAAAUGCUUCAGCAGCAGCAUGACGAUGCCAGCGAAGAGGAGGACCUGUCACUGAAAAAAAUGAAAGCUCUUUUGAAGGAGAUGGCCAAGGCUCUCCUUACUCAGAGGAACGUGAACAAUGCGAUUAAGGAUGGAAUUCCGAAACUCGAUGAUUUCCUUGGUGAAAUCGAGGAAUGCCGGAAGAUCAGGCUGAAGGCGGUGAAGCAGGAGCGCGACAUCAUGAACCGUGUCAUAUCUGAUUCACCUCAAGCUCAAGCUUAUCUGGCUGAGUCUCAGACCCAAGCCAGAAAGCGAGUAAAGCGGCAGAGAGGUUCUUCGCCGGGAAGCCCUGAACUUAGGGAUUUGGAUCCAGCGCCGAAUCCAGUCUUCUUCUCUGCUUCCACACAGACUGAGGGACGGAAGAAGAAAGUCCAAGUCUCUGAACCGGUUAAGGAGACCCCUAGCAAAACUUCCAGGAAGCCUUCACGACCCAGGCUCAAGAAGCCUAGGCCUGAGGCGAUUUUGAUCAAACCCUUAGGGGGGCGAUCUUUCGCCGAUGUCCUAGGACAGAUUAAAACCCAGGCGAAACCGGAAGAGACGGAGACUACAAUCAAGUCCAUCCGACGAACCCAGAACGGGGAUGUUCUCCUCGAACUGGGAAAAUCGAGGGACAAGGACGGUUUUGCUGCUUCCCUCAAAACCGCUCUUGGUGACAAAGGCUCUAUUCGAACCCUUCAACCGAGAUGUUCAGUGGAGAUCCGAGACCUAGACGCUCUAUCUACAGAGGACGAGGUGAUCAAAGCGUUAAAGAAGGCGCUUCCAGAACUACCGGGAGAAGCGGGAGGUCUCAAGGUCUGGUUGACAAAACCAAAUCGGAGCCAGCAGCGUAUGGCAAUUGCUGAAUUGGGCGAAAAGCACGCUAAUAAGCUGCUUAGCCUCCAGCACCUGAGAGUCGGAUGGGUGAGUUGCAGGCUCAAACAAAGGGUCAUCGUGCAAAGAUGCUACCGGUGCCUAGCGUUCGGUCACUCUUCCCGUACCUGCAGAGGGCCCGACCGAAGUUUCAACUGCCUCCGGUGCGGAGACCAAGGCCACAAGAAGAAAGACUGCACCUCGAGCCUCUCCUGUUUCCUCUGUAAGGAGACAGGUUCUGCUGGGAAUGCUCUUGGUCACUUACCUGGUUCUGGCAAAAGGCAGAGGCCAAUAAUCCGUAUCCUACAGGCCAAUCUUCAAAGAUCCUGGGGGGCUGAUAAUCUUCUAAAUCAGCUCGCCCGAGAACUCGGUGUCGACGCGCUCCUAGUCAGCGAGCAGUAUCGGGACAGGGACCCAGGCAUUUGGAUCCCAGACAGUCUAGGUACUGCAGCUUUCUGGGCCCGGAACUCACAAGAAGUUAUGGUGCGGAGUCACGGACGUGGCCGAGGAUUCGUCUGGAUAAGGUGUAGGGAUGUAACUUUCUUCAGUUGCUACCUCACCCCAAACGAGGCCAUCCAAGACUUCCGCGACAAGAUUGAUCGUUUGGAGGAGAGCGUGCUCGGCACCACUGGGCACGUUGUCGUUGGCGGUGAUUUCAACGCGAGGGCCGUCGAGUGGGGUAUGCCCUCUACCAACUCCCGGGGGAAAUACAUCUUGGACUUCAUCGCCAGGGCCGGGCUCGUCGUCCUCAACCAGGGCGACACGCCUACUUUCAGGCGCCCCGGGCAGAGAGGCACGAUUCCUGACGUAACCUUCGCGUCUGAGUCUCUUCUUUCGAGGAUCUCUGGCUGGAGGGUGGUAGAGGAUUACACGGGUAGUGACCACCAGUACAUUGUUUUCGAUCUGCAUGAUUUAAACCGUAGAGUUUCCGCAUCCCGGGAUGGGCCACGCCGAUGGAACACCAAUAAACUGGACGUGGUCAAGUUCACCGAGGUUAUAUCUCGGGGAGCGCAGGCGAAUCCUGGUGAGGCUGGCGCCGAGGCUUUAGUAACAUCCACGAUGGAACUUUUUGUCUCGGCCUGUGACCGGUCUAUGCCGCGAAAGAAACUCCGCCGUGGCAAGCAGCCCGUCUACUGGUGGGACUGA